AUGGACAGAGUAAAUUACUCUGUGGUAUCUGAAUUUGUAUUAAUUGGACUUUCAAAUUCAUGGGAGAUGAAUCUUUUUCUCUUUUGGUUCUUCCUCGUGUUCUACGUGGGAAUUAUCCUGGGAAACCUCUUCAUUGUGUUCACGGUAAUUAUUGACUCUCACUUACACUCUCCCAUGUACUUCCUAUUGGCCAAUCUCUCUCUUCUUGAUCUAGGUCUUUCCUCUACCACAGUGCCCAAAAUGAUCUCUGAUCUUUUAACAAACUGCAAUGUUAUUUCUUUUCCAAAAUGCAUGACACAGAUAUUUUUUAUUCAUGUCAUGGGUGGAGUUGAGAUGGUGUUGCUUAUAGCCAUGGCAUAUGACAGAUAUACUGCAAUCUGUAAGCCUCUCCACUACCUGUCAGUUAUGAGCCGCAAAAUGUGUGUUUCUUUUGUAGUGGCUGCCUGGAUGGUGGAAAUAAUCCAUGCUGUAUCUCAGUUUGUUUUUGUCAUAAACUUGCCUUUUUGUGGGCCUGAUAAAGUAGAUAGUUUUUAUUGUGAUUUUCCUCGGAUUAUGAAACUUGCUUGUGUAGACACUUACAAGCUAGAGUUUGUAAUAAUUGCUAACAGUGGGUUUAUAUCAAUGGCUACCUUCUUCUCUUUAAUUAUAUCCUACAUUUUCAUUUUGGUUACUGUCUGGAAACGUUCUUCAGGAGACUUAUCCAAAGCUUUUGUCACACUGUCAGCUCACAUCACUGUAGUAAUUUUGUUUUUUAUGCCAUGUAUGUUUCUCUAUGUAUGGCCUUUCCCUACAACAUCACUGGAUAAGUAUUUUUUCAUUGUUGACUUUGCCAUCACCCCUGUCUUGAAUCCUGCCAUCUACACAUUAAGAAACAAAGACAUGAGAGUUGCCAUGAAAGACUGGGCAAACAGAUUUCAGGUUACGGGGGAUCUCACAAUAAAUGGAGGAGAUCUAGAGAACGAGAUGCUUCAGGCUCACCAAAAACACUGA